AUGUCUGGGGACGUCAGCAGGGGGCUCCAUCUCUCCGGGUCCCGGUCGCAGCGCGACCGCGUUGGCGAUGCAGGCGCCGGCAUGGUGACUGCAGCGUCGAGCGAGGCUCCCUCGGAGUCCGGUUCCCUGUAUACCAGCGCCGGAAGCAGCCCUGCGGGCGGCAGUGCGGCUCCCUAUAUGACCCCUGUCCGCGGCGCGAUGCGCAGUAGCACGGACGGCUCGCCGGACGUGGGCGAACUGUCGUCGUCAGGGCUACGCCUUGCGAUGCGGCAUGCUCGCUCCAUGUUCCCUGGGUUCCGCCGCACCAUGCCGGAUGACGAGCAUGAGUCGGGCGCUGCUGAUGACCAAAGCAAGCCUGGCUGGCGCCGUCCCGACGGGGCGCGCUCGAUCGGGGACUCCAUGUCGCGACGCGUAUCGUCACAGGGCUCCGAUACGGUGUCCGACACUCCCGACAUCCUGCUCACCCGCAACGACAGCAAUGCUUCGCGCAAUUCGCGCGCGUCGAGCGGCGCCUCGACUGGCCCGCCCUCCCGCAAGAGUUCCCUACAGCGCUCUAUGCACGCAUCCCCCUUGCAAGAGAUACCCGAGCCCACGUUCAAGCCGGUGGCAGAGCCGCCGCCGCCUCCGCCGCCGCCGCCUCCCGAGCUCCCGAACGACAAGCGUGCACUCUUCUUGCGAGCACGCACCAAGAGCAUUGACCACAUGCACCGUCUCCUGCAUCUGCGGCAGUUUACGAAAGAGAGUAAGGGCAAGAUGAAGAAGAAGAAGCAGGAGGGCGACACGCUCGCUGUGCGGGCCGCGGAAGCAGGGCCUAUCGAGGCACCGCCCUUGUCGCCCUCUGUACCUACGACGCCGCCGACCACUUCAGCCGGUGCCACUCCGCUGGGCCCACUUCCGGACGUGGGAUCGACGUCGGUCCCUCCUGCAAGUGGCCGAGAUGCCGGCUCACAACCUGUGCCGCCUCCUCUGGUCAUUCCCGUCACAGUCCCCGCACCUGCUGCGCUAGAGACGAGCGCGCCGCUGCCGCCGCUGCCGCCGCCCUCGCCGCCAAGCACCGAGCCUGCGACGCCGCACGGGAACGACCACGAUACGGACACCGGAAUGCGUCCCACGCCGCCGUUACCGCCGCGGCGGCCGCCGCCGACCGACGACAGUCCCGCCAAGCCUCUAUCCAUGCGAUCGAUGGCCUCAGGCGACACGCACACGUCGCUGGCAUCACUGGCGACGGCCACAGAUACCGUCGAUGGCAGCUUCGCGACGCCGGAACGUGCGCCGCCGCGUUCGCACAGUGAGAGCACUGGGCUCGCGAGGUCCCCCGACGACGCAUCGCUCUCGCACACGCAAGUGGGCGAGGAGAGCAUUGGGGCUCUGGCGCUCCUGCCUGACGACGAGACGCAAGUGGCACCAAUGCUUUCCAUCGAGCAGGACGAGACGCGGACCCCAUCGCCCGACACGCAUGCGCCGCGGACUGACGAGCUGCGCGCCGGUUCGCCGUCGUGGGACGCCUGGUCCACUGACCCGCUGCCGCCCGCCCCAUCGAGCCAGAGUGGGGCGCAGGGUCUCCUGGAGAAUCUGGGGCUAGACGAUCUGGACCUGGGCAGUGCGCCCGCUAGUGCGUCGUCGCUCUAUUCCGAGGUGUCGGUGGAGCGAAUCGAAGCCACCUUGCCGGAGGUGCCGCAGUUGACGCCUACCCCCCCUGAGGUGCGUGGUAUCGCUACGGCGCCGAGCCCUGAGCCGCUUUUCAUUCGUACGACACCAGCGCAUGCCGCGCCGUCGAGCGAGAGUGAGCCUGACAGCUCAGCGAGUGCGGCGCCGCCGUGGGUGCAGCGCCUCAAGAGCCGGGGGUCAACAGCCGCACCUGAGCCGGGUCUCAGCGCGAAUGGUGGCGCAUAUACAGCGCUGGAGGCCGGUGCGCCGCGGCUUCCCUCAUCGCCUGCGCCCCUGGCAUCUGACGACGAACCACUAUCGAGCCGGCCGUCCGAAGACGAUAUGACGCGUAUGCGGCCGCUGCUCCGAACGUCCAAGUCGUCGAGCCUGCUCACGGCCAUGUCGCAGCAGGCGCAGCGGAUCCGGCGGAAUGCACGGGACGUGGGACCAUCGUAUGACGACGACGGUGCGGACGACGACGAUACCAGUGCCGUACGGGGCAAAGGGCGCCAAUCGUCGCGGCGAUCUGAAAGCAACGAGGCAUCGUCGCUCACGUCGCCGUUGAGUGCGGUCGACUUGCCGACCCUACAGAGGGAGGCACCCAAGAGCGAGGGGUCUGCGAGCAUGUACCGGACGCGACGGAACAAGAGCCAGCCGACGCUGCGUAUUGCGGAUGACCUCGAGUUUUUACAUGCGUUGGAGCAGGUGCGGCUGCAGCACAAGGAGCGCAUUGCUCUGCGGCAGCGAGCACGCUCCGCCCGCAAGGCAAGCAUGCCGAACUUGCGCUCGCCGCCGUCGUCGCGACGACCGCCGCUGCCGAUGACGCGCGUCGCGAGCGACCGUGGCGCGCGCGAGGCGAGGGUGUCGGACCAGCCACAGGCGCUGGCACUGGCCGACCGUGGGGACGAUCCGGUCGCUCCGACGCAGGCCCCAGAGACGCCAGAUGUGCGCUCUUUGACGCCCGAUGUCUCAACGAGCUUCCUGGAGCUCGAGAGUAUGGAUUCAGACGACUUGGAGGUGUCGGACGAGUCGGCGACUGCGGAUGCAGCAUCGUCGCAUGCGUCCUCGGAGGAGUCUGAAGUCAUUUCGAAUGAGCUAGGCAUCGGGCACACGACCGGCAACUUUCCAAGUGCGCCGUUCACGAACGAUGACGAUUGGAAGAAGGAGGUCAAGGCGCUGUUUCUUAUCCGCGAGCUGGUGCAGACGGAGCGCAGCUACGCCGCCCACCUCGAGAGUUUGCUAAUUGUGGUACUCAAGUGGACAGGCACGACGUCAUCGACGCGUCUGCCGACGAAUGUGCUCAUGCCAACGCAGCCGUCGAGCUCGUCGCAGCCGCUGCGCAUGCCGACACCGACGCCGACGACGCCGCCGCAUCUCGUCACGCUGCGCCAGAUGCUCCCGAAGCUCAUUUCGGUCAGUCGCGCGCUCGUCUACAGCAUCGAAGAGAGCCCUACGAGCGAGGGCGUCGCACGCUCGUUUCUUUCCAUGCUGGACCGCUUUGAGGACGUGCAUGUGGGCUGGCACGGCGUUGUAGGCGCGACGCUGCGCAUGCUGCGCGCGGCUGAGUCGUCAAAGAGCAAGGCCAAAGGCCGUCUCGGUCGUGUGCCGGUUGCACCGCCUACGACAGACCCCCCGCGGCGCCCAUCGCGCGCCGACACAUCGUCAGGCGAUCUCGCCGAGUCGGACCGGCGGGACAAGUCGCGCUCGGAGCCGAAGGAGCUGAGUGCGGUCGACGUGGCCAUUAUGCCAACGCAGCGGAUUCCGCGCUACGUGCUAUUGCUACGGGACCUCCUCUCAUAUACAAGCGCCGAUACGGAGGCGUACGCCACGCUCGAAGCUGCGCUGCGUGCUGUGCAGGAGCUCGGGCACCGCUGCGACCUGGCGUCGGGCUCGACGUAG